GGCUGUAAUUUCUCAAUGAAAACACGAACUGAGCUCGACUGACGGUGCUUUUACCUGCUUUUUUCCGCUUUACCCGAUGCCUCUGAUGUUUACAGCCGUGCUGGAGAAUACAUGUAGUGUGUGUGUGGAGACAGGAGACACCCCAGAAUGAUACAUAAUAAACAAAUGGCACGAUAGACUUGACUGUCUGUGCAGUAGUCCGGACAAUUCAAGAUACCGUCAGCAAGUCUUUUGCACAUUUAGUCAUCACCGUGCACAAGACGGUUUUGGCAACAAGGGAAAAAAAAAAAAAACAACGUUGCCUCAGAAACCGUGACAUCGGCUAUAGUGGAGCGGGACGUCGGUGUGAGGGGCGCCGGGAGCGGAGCGGUGUCGGUUUCCAUACCCGGACUGGUGGACGACGGUAUGGCUGCAGGAAAGGGAGCUGGGAAACCCGCCUCGCCGUGGGACAGUAUGCGGAUACGGUUCAUCGUUUGCUUCCUCGGAGUCUUUGUGUGUUAUUUUUAUUACGGAAUCUUACAAGAGACCAUAACCCGGGGGGAUUAUGGUCAGGGAGACAAAAAGGAGAAGUUCAGGUUCGCCCGGACAUUGGUCUUAAUCCAGUGCAUUAUCAGUGCUCUGUUUGCUAAGAUCUUGAUCCAGUUUUUUGAGGGCUCCAAGCCGGACCACACCAAGAGCUGGCUCUAUGGUCUGUGUUCCCUUUCUUAUCUUGGAGCCAUGGUGUCCAGUAACUCUGCCCUUCAGUAUGUCAACUACCCCACACAGGUGUUGGGAAAAUCCUGCAAGCCCAUACCAGUGAUGAUUCUCGGUGUGACGAUACUGAGGAAGAAGUAUCCAUUGGCUAAGUACCUGUGUGUGCUGCUUAUCGUGAGCGGUGUAGCUCUGUUCCUCUACAAACCCAACAAGAGCUCAGCUGUUGCGGAGGACCAUGUUUUUGGGUUCGGAGAGAUUCUGUUGCUGGUGUCCCUCACAUUGGACGGCUUGACUGGUGUGGCCCAGGACCAUAUGAGAAGUCGCUUCCAGACGAGUGCCAACCACAUGAUGCUGAACAUCAACAUGUGGUCCACUCUGGUGCUAGGACUAGCGGUAUUGUGGACAGGAGAGGUGUGGGAAUUCCUAAGUUUUACUGAACGCCAUCCAAACAUCAUCUACAAUAUUCUUCUGUUUGGUGUGACCAGUGCUUUAGGACAGACCUUCAUCUUUAUGACCGUGGUGUAUUUUGGGCCUCUGACUUGCUCCAUUGUCACCACUACAAGGAAGUUCUUCACCAUCCUCGGCUCUGUUAUUCUGUUUGGCAACGUCAUGAGUACGAUGCAGUGGGUCGGCACCAUCCUGGUGUUUCUCGGUCUCGGAUUCGAUGCUAAAUUUGGCAAAACCCCCAAGAAGACGACACACUAAAACAUCUGGAGCACAUGAGAGAAAGACAGAAACAUUGCACAUCAAAUGGAAACACUCUAAAGCCAGUAUCCUAGUUUCAUAAGACAUCAUGUACAGGCAUACAGUAUGUGCCUAUUAUUUGUUUAAGUAUGGUUUAGAUUUUCUGUGUUUAAUCAGAAAGUUCUUGUAGUUUUCAACCCCAGCUUCUGUUGUGUGGUGAAGAGACGUGUUUUACUUGGGAUCAAGUCCUGAAUGAACUGUGAUAAGUCAUUUACAUCUUUUUCUUUUUACCACAAGAUACCACACUGGUGGAUGGAUUUGGACUGGCUGAAAGACACAAGUGGAAAAUACUAUAUUUAGACAAAUAGUUUUUUCUGAAACCAGCUCACCUCCCUAAGAUGGAUAUUGAACCAAACAAGGCCUAAGACAUUUUUUAACAUUAACUUACCACCAAAUAAGGCUUGGUUUACAAAUCAUUGCUUGAAUAUGUGUAAUCACAUGUAUGUCCAUGUCUGAAAUACAAACAUUUGUAUGUCGCCUGUUGUGUUAUGUCCAAUCUUAUCGUUAAAUUGUUUUUACUUUUAUUUUCUACAAGUUGAAAAUAACUUGCCAUAAAAGGGAAAUUGUGAUAUAA